AUGUCUUGGUUAAAUACGUUAAAAGUAUUUUUUACUCCGGAUAAAAAUCCCAAUAAAGUUAUUGAAGUAAAAUCGGAAAAAUAUUCCAAUCGUAAUGUCCACUGUCGUCAUGACCCGAUUAUUUUGUAUGGAGUAGAUAGUAAUAAUGUCAGUGAAAUUGUCUUGCAUUUGUCGCGCGCUGAGAGCUUAACUACUUCUUACAGUUUAUACAGAGGAUCGAGUAUAGAAGAUUCAGAAAUAAGAUUUUGUAUACUCAAAGACAAAUUACCAGCAAUUCUCAGUAUAUCAAAGGAUUGCUAUUGUUUGUCCGUGAUACAAAAUUUAUGUGAUACUCUUGUUGAACACCCAACAUGGAAUGUCGCUCAUCUGGUUGUGAGAUUGGCAAUGAUGGACAUUUUAUCCAACCCAAAUGUUGUGAUGUACUUAAAUACACCAGAUAUUGAAAGUGGUAUAUCAUCAUUACAAUUAGCUAUUUAUGACAAUUCAUUAGUUAUUGUUAAAGCAUUGAUUGCUUUAGAUGUUUCACUGGAGCACUUGGAUAAUGAAGCCAAUUCAGUUUUUCACUAUGCUGCUAAAUCUAGUAGUGAUAUAAUUUUGGUUUUAUCUAAAGUGAGCACCAAAUGCUUAAACCAUCGUAACAUAAAUGGAUUUACUCCCCUUCACUUAGCGUGUCAAGCGGACAAACCAGAAUGCGUUAAAGAAUUGUUAGUUUGUGGGGCCGAUGUAAAUAUACCGGCUGGAAUUCCUGUAACUAAUGUAUCCGAAAACAAAUUACCUGGAAUUGUUAAAGAAUAUCUUCAGGAUAAUCAUAAAAAAUUAUUUGUUGAAGAUAUGAAAUUUGGUGGAACUCCUUUACAUUGGUCAAGUUCUCGUGAAGUAAUUGACAGUUUAAUUUCUAAUAAUUGCGAUAUGAAUGCAUUGAAUUUUGACAACCGCACUGCUCUUCACAUAAUGGUUUUGAGAAAUAGAUUUGAUUGUGUUAUGGGACUUCUAUGCAAUGGAGCUAAUGUAAAUAUACCUGACCGAGAAGGUAAUACACCACUUCAUUUGGCCGUCAAAAGCAAUUUGGUUCCAGUAAUUCAUGCUCUUAUAGCAUUUGAAGCUGAUGUUGAUUAUAUUAAUAAUAAAGGCCUAUCAUCGCGACAUAUUGCUGCUACCAACAAUGGUCCAGAUAAAAUUUCUGAUAAAAUUGUUUAUAUCUUACAUGCAGUUGGUGCAAAACGGUGUCAAAAUAUUUUAUUGGAAACUCAGUGUACAAAAGGAUGUGCUUGGAAUAACGAAUUCAAUGGUUUACCUCCUCAAAGACCUGUAUCAAUGCCAGUUAGAUGUAUUGUGACCGCAAUGGAAGAGCUCAUGGAUGAGAGAAUAGAUGUUAACAAGAAUCAUAGAGGUGGCAGAGUUUUAUGCCUCGAUGGUGGCGGGAUUAGAGGAUUGGUGUUGAUAUCUGUCUUACUUCAUAUAGAAAAUGCUACUAAAGUUCCUAUUAUUCAUUGUUUUGAUUGGUUAGCUGGCACAAGUACUGGUGGAAUUUUAGCCUUGGGACUUGCAUGUGGUAAAUCAUUGCACGAGUGUUUGUGUUUAUAUUUUAGACUUAAACAACUCGUGUUUCAAGGUAGUAAACCUUACCAAAGUGUGGUAUUGGAAAAUAUGUUACAAGAAACAUUGGGCGCAAAUACGUAUAUGAGUGAUAUAAAACAUCCUAAGAUCUUAGUCACAGGUUUGUUAGCUGACAGAAAACCUGUAGACUUACACAUUUUUCGUAAUUAUACAUCACCAAGUGACAUGAUUAAUCUAGAUCAUCCUUGUGAUUAUCCACCUCCACCGCCACCUCAUGAACAGUUAGCAUGGAAAGCGGCAAGAGCAAGUGGUGCAGCACCUUCAUAUUUUAGAAUGUUUGGUCGUUUUUUGGAUGGAGGAUUGAUUUCAAACAACCCAACUUUGGAUACAUUAACCGAAAUUGAGGAAUAUAAUUUAGCAUUAUACAAAACAAACAGGGCUAAUGAAAUGCAUGAUCCAAGCCUUGUAGUUUCUGUUGGAACUGGAUCCAUACCCGUUACUGAGGUGAAGAAUUUAGACAUUUUUAAACCGAGUAGUGUAAGUGAUAGUUUGCGUUUGGUGUUUGGAUUCUCAGCGUUAGGUCUGUUGCUCAUUGACCAAGCGACCCAGUCUGACGGUCGUGUUGUAGACAGAGCAAGGUCAUUGUGUUACAAAACAAAAACUGAGUUCUUCAGGUUUUGCCCACAACUAUCAGAAGAUAUAGCUAUGGAUGAAAAAGAUGAUGUGAAACUAGUCAAGAUUCUUUGGGAAACUAAAGUUGAUAUGGUGAAAAACAAUAGUAAAGUGUGUAAACUAGCACAGUUAUUGAAAUAA